UAUGGACAGAGUCCACUCAAAUCAUAUAACAGAAGAAGUGAGCUCGCUGUGGAGAAGUGUAAAAGAAAAUGAUGUUUCAAGAUUGGAUUGUAAUUCUCUUCAGUUUGAUACAACAAACCUACCCAGAGCAAAGGGUAAAACUGCUCAUUCUCAAGGGGAUUUCUUAUGCUAUGUGUGUAACAAAGUAUUUCCAUUACAACGCAUGCUAACACGCCACCUGAAAUGUCACAGUGCUGUGAAAAAGCAUAUCUGCAAAUACUGUGGAAAGGGCUUCAAUGACACAUUUGACCUAAAGAGGCACAUGAGGACACAUACAGGUAUACGCCCUUACAAAUGUGAGCUUUGUGAAAAGGCUUUCACGCAGCGUUGCUCCCUUGAAUCUCAUUUGAAGAAGAUCCACAGUGUGCAGCAAGCCUAUGCUUAUAGGGAACGUCGCUCUAAGAUCUUUGUUUGUGAAGACUGCGGUUUUACUUCAAGCAGCGGGGAUGAGUACUAUCUUCAUAUGAGAAACCUCCACCCCAACAGUUCUAUGCUGCGCAAAUACUUUAGGAAACACACAGCCACUGUGCUACAGAGUAAAGUCAGCAUGUAUCUGUACCCCAGUAGAUAUUAUCUAUGAGGAAGUAUGACAUUCUCAUUGUGUGCAACAUUUCACAUUUAUAAAAAAGUACAUUUUAGCUACAUCUCUCCCCAGUUUUAGUCUCUGUGGCUAUAAUAUGAAGCCUUUCUAGUACAAUUCUGAUUAAGUCUUCUAUUAAAAUCAAAAGACAGAUGUUGAACCAUAACUGUAACAGAACAGUAAGCUUGUGAUUUAAGGCACAUGACUUUCUAAUACACACACACGCUCACACAUGCUCACAUAAAAUAUGUGAUGCACAGAGACACAGAAACACAUUUUUAUAGCCAAUUCUACAUACAAAUAUAAGUGAAGAAAGCUAUGUUUUUCUGGUUCAUAUGGUUGCAGCUAUUUUUGUGGGUGUGUGUGUGUGUGUGUGUGUGUGUGUGUGUGUGUGUGUGUGUGUGUGUGUGUGUGUGUGUGUGUGUGUGUAUGAUUUAUACAGACCCUGCUAUAUUUACCCAACCUUGAAUGUCUAGCUUAGACUUAACUUUGUCAAUAAAUGCCUACAAAUAUCGAACUAAAACAUGCAGACUCUCAAUAUGUUGUUGUAGCUAUCAUCUUAUGGUAACUGCAAAGCUUAAAUGAUGGUAAAAAUAUUUGGAACACUGUUGUUCUUGUUUUUGUGCCAGAGACAAAAAGGUUAGCCUAUGCUUCUAUUCUAAUUUAUAUUUUAUGUUUUUAACUUUACUUGAGGGAUGUAUUAUAAUCUUGUUUAUAAAGAAAUACAUUGGAAGAGAAUGUGAGACUGAAAUCCUACACCUGUUUAGAAACACAAUGAAAAAGAGCAGCAUUGAGAAAGCUGAUCACAGGAGAGUAACUGUAUUAGUUUUCUGACUAUGCAGCACUGGCAUGUGUUAUAUUCUCAACAUAUUGCAGCAUGGUGGCCAGUUCAGAGAUCAGAAAUAUUAGUUAAUGUGAUAUGUUGAUGUAUGACAUAAAUACCCUGUAUUAUGCUAUGAGUUGGUGAUGUGUAAUAUAUGACACAUAUUAUGGUCGCAAAAAUUUGUUGUGGAAACGUUUAAUAUCAAUUGCAUAUAAGGUGCUGACAAAAGUAAGAUGCAUAACCCAAAACUGCAGUGACAUUUGCUUGUAACAAAGAAUGAGUUUUCUGACUAAGAAUGAAGAUUCAUGGAGAAUCUUGACCAGAAAUCUUAACCAGAUAAGUCCUGGAGUAUCAACAGCCUAACUAUAUGUACUCAGGGAGUGUCAGCGGCUGGUUAUGGAAGUACCAGGAAUCAUAAAGCAGCUAAACCUAACCUGAAGUCUCAGCCCUUUAAACUAUAAGAUGUUCUUUUUUUCAUUUGAAAUACUUUGUAAAAAAACAAAAGUGAAGUACAAGUAACCAGAAGCUAUUUUAAACAGAAGUUUGCUCCUUUUUGUGGAAAGUGAUCUUAUAAAUGUAUCUCUU